AUGGUGCGGCGGGGUUUUCAUCAUGGAGCUGUCGCGGCGGAUCUGUCUCGUCCGACUGUGGCUGCUGCUCCUAUCCUUACUGGGCUUCAGCGCGGGAUCUGCCAUCGACCGGCAGGAACAUGAAGGCAAGGAAGUAUGGGAUUAUGUGACUGUCCGAAAGGAUGCCCACAUGUUCUGGUGGCUCUAUUAUGCCACCAACCCUUGCAAGAACUUUUCAGAGCUGCCCCUGGUCAUGUGGCUUCAGGGUGGUCCGGGUGGUUCUAGCACUGGAUUUGGAAACUUUGAGGAAAUCGGCCCUCUUGACACCCAACUCAAGCCGAGAAAUACUACCUGGCUGCAGUGGGCCAGUCUCCUGUUUGUGGAUAAUCCCGUGGGCACCGGCUUCAGCUAUGUCAACACGACAGAUGCCUAUGCAAAGAACCUGGACAUGGUGGCUUCCGACAUGAUGGUUCUCCUGAAAUCCUUCUUUGAUUGCCAUAAAGAAUUCCAGUUUUCUCAUCAACGAUGUUUGGUGUGGCUCAUCUUCCUGGCGAGAGUUGAGGUUAUGAGGAGAAUGAGGGAUGGAGGGAGUCCUGGGUGCCCUUGGUCAGAGCAUUUCUUGGCUUUUUUUUUUUUUUUUCAGGCUGUUCAGCAAGGGACCAUCAAGUGCAACUUUUCUGGCGUUGCUUUGGGUGACUCCUGGAUCUCCCCUGUGGAUUCAGUGCUGUCCUGGGGACCUUACCUGUAUAGUAUGUCUCUCCUUGAUAAUCAAGGCUUGGCCGAGGUGUCCGACAUUGCAGAGCAAGUCCUCAAUGCAGUAAACAAGGGCUUCUACAAGGAGGCCACUCAGCUGUGGGGGAAAGCAGAAAUGAUCAUUGAAAAGAACACCGACGGGGUAAACUUCUAUAACAUCUUAACUAAAAGCAGCCCCGAGAACACUAUGGAAUCGAGCCUCGAGUUCCUCCGGAGCCCCUUAGUUCGUCUCUGUCAGCGCCACGUGAGACACCUGCAAGGGGACACCUUAAGUCAACUCAUGAACGGCCCCAUCAAAAAGAAGCUCAAAAUUAUCCCUGAGGAUAUCACCUGGGGAGCCCAGGCAUCUUACGUCUUCAUAAGCAUGGAAGGGGACUUCAUGAAGCCUGCCAUUGACGUUGUGGAUAAGUUGCUGGCAGCUGGGGUCAAUGUGACUGUGUACAACGGACAGCUGGAUCUCAUUGUGGACACCAUAGGUCUGUAUGAGGGUGUCAGACCUGGGACUGGAGUUCCUUCUGACCAAGGGGAGAUGGCUCUGAAGAUGAUGAAGCUGGUGACCAAGCAGGAGUAGCUGAGCUGGCUGGCCCUGGAGGCACUGAAGCAGAGCCCAGGAUGAGGGUGCUAAUGUCUAUCCCUGGCGCUCUUCUUCUCGGCGCUACCAUAGGGUACGACUCUGGAAGUGCCUGCUCUCUCCUGUACCGAAAGACUGUGGGCUUCCAUGUCUACUUAGAAAUCCAUUCUGCUUCCUAAAGAGUAUUUAAAACCAGACUCAUUUAAUCAAAGUGAAGGAUUACAAUCUAUUGAUCUCUUACUACAAAAGCAAUUGAUAACACAUGUAAAUCCCAGCACUUGAGAGGUAGAAGCAAGAGGAUCAGAGGUUCAAACGCAUCGCAGCUACAUCGAAAGUUCAAAAGCAGCCUGCACCAAACGGGAGUCCCUGCCAACUAGGUAUCUUUGACUACGGGUCGUUUAUUUGCUACAUAUAUAUUUUUACAAAAAAUGAAAUCCAUAUUGUACGCUAUUUUGCUGUCUGCUUUGUUCCCAUAUCAACAUGACCUGCACUUCUUUUCCCAUCAAUAAAUGUGUUGUGAUAUUUUUAA